AUGAUCUCCUUCUCAGACGGCCACGCUCUAGUCCUCGACAUCGCUUCGGAGAGCAACGAGCUCAACGAUGAGCUCGCAAGAUCCAAUCCUGGCCUGUCCGAGGAAGCGAACGCGCGCAGGAUCCGCAUCCUAGGACUCCUCGACCGGCUUAAGUCCCUGUUGCAGGAUCCGCACGAGUUCGUUCACGAUUACGUCUCAACCAACUGGGACCAUGGCGCUCUCUACGUCCUGCUACACGCUAAAGUGUUGGAUGCUAUUGCAGACGAUGGCGGCUCUGACUUGACCCUUCUGUCCGAGCAGUCAGGCAUACCAGCCGAUAAGCUAGUCCGUAUACUUAGGCUGCUAUCAUGCCAGCAUUUCGUCGAGGAGCCUUGCGACGAGCACUUUGCAUUGACGGCGGCAUCUCGUAUGUUGGUCAAUGACGUUGACUUUAGAGCAUGGGUGGAAUUCCAGCUUUAUGAGACCCGAGUAGCAAGUGCGAGUCUCGCAGAUACAUUGUUGGCACUGCCGAACGACUACGAGAACGGAGAAUCCGCCUUCAAGCAUGCGUGGGGCGAGGAGAUGUAUGAUUGGCACGCCGCACGAUGCGAUAAGGCUGAACGCUUUCGGAAAGCAAUGAAGGGUGUAUCACAAUCAAUGGAUCCUGCAGAUCAGUUGCUGAAGGAUUGGUUCAAAACACACCACAAAUCAGGCGAUGAGCAUAUCGUUGAGUUUGCCGGACGGUAUGGAUUAGCAUCUCCAAGCUUGGUUGAGACUGUGCCUACCUUAACCUCCGCUGUCCGCAUUGCUGACACGGAGAUCCUAAAACGCUAUCGGGAAGGCCUGAGUGGUGACUUGAAGGAGCAGAUCACAUUCGAGUUGCACGAGAGGAUCGAGGAACGUCAGCCGGCAACGGAUCGGCAACGCCAUCUCACUGCUUACGUUGCCAGAAAUCUGCUCUGGAACUGGUCUGAUGAGGACGCCACGCAGCUACUUCGGACGCUGCUCCCAGCGAUGGAAGCACAUCCCGAGAUUGUGGUACUCAUAUGCGAUGGCCUAUCGCCUGCCAGAAAUGCAUAUGAUCCUCAUGUCGAACAGGCGUAUCGGAGGCGCGAUAUUACGAUGAUGACUAUGCACAACGUCCGACAAAGGACAGAGCUCGAAUGGCGAGCUCUAUUCACACGUGCCAGUCCUGAUCUGGAGGUCAGUAUAGAUAUUGCUGAGAACGCCUAA